AGAAACCACAUGGCAUUAUUGGGUGGGGACCCAGAGCCACGUACUGCAUUCCAUUGUCAUUGCAAACUGCAAAGCAAAGUGACAGUUGUGUAGCAGCCAAUACAGUACUGGUGUGAAUCAAGAUGGCAAUUGCAAUGACUGAUAGACUUUAUGCUCUGAAGGGUCGUGGGGGAAGUGGGUAUGGCCAGCUGGAGCGUUCAGAGACGGGUAACCUGGGGAUAGAAGAAGAAGACACAGAGCUCAACAAAGUGCUCUCGACAGUUGACGAAGUAACUGCCAUGAUCAAUAGAGUCGUCGCUCUCAUUGAGAAAGUCAGGGGCAACCAUGGCAAGAUACUCACCUCAUUUCAGAACCAGACUGCUCGUGAACAGAAUGAGCAGUUCAACGAAGAAAUCAAGACUCUCUCACAUAAAGUGCACAACCAGUUGAAACGCAUGAAGGUUGACUUGGACGGUGUAGAGUCGGGUCCUACCAGAAACAGUGCUGACUUUAGGAUAAGAAAAGCACAGUACACGACUCUCUCCAGACGUUUCAAGGAUGUAAUGGAGGAUUACAAUGGUGUACAGGAGAACUAUCGAGAUAAGAACAAGGAUCGGAUCCAAAAACAGUUACAAUACGCUGGUCGUAACGUGACGGAGGAUGAGGUUGAUGAUAUGCUGGAGUCAGACAACCCUCAGAUAUUCACGCAGGAUCUCCUCCUAGAGAGGAAGUCCGUCCUGGGAGAAGUGGAGACCCGUCAUCAGGAGAUAAUGCAGCUGGAGACUAAUAUUCGAGAGCUCCAUGACAUGUUCUAUGACAUGGCACUGCUAGUGGAUGAGCAGGGCGAGCUGAUCAAUGUGAUUGAGAGGAAUGUUGAGAAUGCUGGUGUGUACGCAAACCAAGGACGGAAGGAGAUUAGAAAAGCUGUCGUAUAUCACGAAUCAAACAGAAAGUUGAGGUGGUGCAUCUGCUGCUGUGUGUGCAGUGUGCUCAUAGGACUGCUGAUAGUGGCAGCGAUAAUCGGAGUCAUCGUUUACUUCCUAGUGAUUCAGCCGAUGCAAGGACUGCCUCCCAUGACUGGUUGACACUUCGUGUGUAGGAAAAUUGAAUACAGACUGCAUUGAUAACAAUUGUGUUUAUAACCCUCAAAUCAUUCUCAUAAAUUUUUGUGUAUAAUCUCUUUUUGUGUCACAUCUCUUUUUGUGUCACAGUGUGUGUGAAAAGCAAAAAAAAUUGUUUUUGUUAAGUCUACAA